CUGGGCAUGCGCAGAGGAGGCGGAGGGAGGUGCUCUCUCUGUCACGCGAUAAUCAGCUGACAGAAGGGAAAAAUAUCUUUAUCUCCCGUAUCAGUACUCCACCUACACUGAUUGACAUUUUAAUUUCCUCUCGUUGGAGUGAACUUUGAAGGAUCUGCAGGACAUUGAACGUUAUGGAAGGAAGGGAAAUAUAACGCCAUGGAAAGAGAGAGAGGAUACUUGAGUAUACUGAAGGAGACAGCUCAUGUUAAGCUCUGUUUUUGAAUACUCGUUUGAUUUGUUGCAGUAUAUUGGUGCCGAUGAGGAACUAACCCAUGCAUUAAGAACAACUGCCAUGGCACUGCUUGGCACUUCCACUCCCAGCUGCGGCUCGGGAGAUGAACGCACUCGCCUCCAACUGGACGAGGCUUGUCUGACAGUGGAGAAUUUGGAUGCCAAGACACAGUUACAGCUCUGGGCACAGGCAGAGGAAUGCUACACGUGUCCACCAUGGAAAUACCUUACUCUCGAUGCUAACAGCACGCAAGAUCUGGUCGUAAACAGUACAUACCCAACACAGCUUUAUAUUCGAACAGCAGAUGGGACAGAUGUGCACAGUUCUACUUAUCAUUUUGGAGAAUAUGGAGGCUAUAGGCUCGGAUUUAGUACAAAAUCUAUUACCAGUAUUAAGGUUCUAUCUCUGCCACACAAUGAAUAUCUUCCACUGCUCAUUGCUACCAUCUUCUUUGCGAUGCUGGCCUUCAUCUGGCAGUGUGGAAAGCUGCUUAUGAGGCGAAUGGACUCUUCUACUUAUCCAUUUGAGUCUUCCAGUGGGACAAGCGAGCGCUCUCCCCUCCUCUCACCUCGACAGGAAUCUGCAGCGUCAUCCUCGGCUUCUUACACCCUGUCUCCUCCCACAAACACCCAAGCAUCAACCUCAUCCGAUGCUUCUCCCAUCCUGUCAUCAGCCUCUGUUGUUGUCCCAGACUCCCGCAGGGCUGGAGGCCGUUUGCUGUCACUGGACACAUUUAGAGGACUGGCAAUUGUAGUUAUGAUAUUUGUGAAUUAUGGUGGAGGAAAAUACUAUUUCUUCAAACAUGCCCGUUGGAAUGGCCUUACUGUUGCUGAUUUGGUCUUCCCAUGGUUCCUCUGGAUUAUGGGUGUCAGCCUUGUCUUCUCCGUGCGUUCGCAACUGAGACGCGCCACCAAGAGACAUGUCAUGGUGAUGAGGAUUCUGAAGAGAUGCCUCAUUCUCUUCGCUCUUGGCAUUGUUGUCAACAGUGAUGGUCACAACUACUUGCCAACCUUCCGCAUUCUUGGCGUGCUGCAGCGCUUUGCUAUAUGCUAUUUUAUUACUGCUGUUAUGGAGGUGUAUUUGAUGGACCCACAGGAAUCACCACAGUAUGUUUGGUACUGGCCGGUGAGGGACUUGGUCAGAUCUUGGCUUCAGUGGUUUUUAACUAUUGUUCUUGUCGCAGUUCAGAUAAUCAUCACCUUUAGCUUGAAAGUUCCUGGAUGUCCCACUGGCUAUCUGGGUCCUGGGGGUCUGCAUGAAGGAGGAAAAUAUGCAAACUGUACAGGUGGUGCUGCUGGUUAUAUAGACAGAAUGGUGCUUGGAGUUGCUCAUGUUUACCCCAGACCUACAUGCCAAGUGAUAUACAGUGGUGACACCCCUUACGAUCCUGAGGGCAUUCUGGGAGCUCUUACUUCGGUGUUAAUGGUUCAGUUUGGUGUAGCAGCUGGCCGCAUCAUUGUAACUUAUCAGGACCAUAAUUCUCGCAUUAAGAGGUGGAUUGUUUGGGGUGUUGUGACAGGAAUGUUAGCUGGAUGUUUCUGCGGCUGGAGGAAAGAAGGGGGCCUCAUUCCAGUGAAUAAAAAUCUUUGGUCUUUCUCAUAUGUCUUAACCACAGCUUGCUUUGCCUUCUUCCUUCUCUCAUUCUUUUAUGUUGUGAUUGACAAAUGGCAAUGGUGGAGUGGAAACCCUCUCAGAUAUGCUGGAAUGAACUCGAUCGUCCUUUACGUCGGGCAUGAGAUUUGUGGCUCGCUGCUCCCCUUCUCGUGGCAGCCAGUGGGCCAAUACCACGUAUAUCACCUCAUUAUGAACCUUUGGGGAGCUAGUCUUUGGGUGUUUAUUGCUUAUUUCCUUCAUCUGAAGAAGAUUUAUGUGUCUGUCUAAAGUGAAAUGAAGAGGAUGUUCUGAAGUUACUGCAGUUGUAACUAAGGUUUAUAUGUCAGUAUUGAGUAUACUGAAGGUUGAAAGUUACAGCUAUUGUAUCCAAGAAGGCAUAUCUAUAAGUAUAGAAUAUGCUGAAGAGAGUGGUUGAAAGUUACUGCUAAGUUACCAUGUCUACGUUUGUUUUAAAACUGAGAUCAAUUUUUGAUUACAUGGAUAUUGGCCAUAGUAUAUUUAUAUGAAUAUAUAUAUUUUUGAAUAUUACUAUUUCA